GCGCGGGGCGGUGCCGGGGGUGCCGGGGGUGCCGGGAGCGGUAGUUCCGCCGCCCGCCCCGGCCAUGCAGGUCCCGGCGGCCGCGGAGCGCAACAAGGGCCCGAUCCUGGCGGUGCUGCGGGAGUACGCGGGGGGCGGCGCGGGCGCGCUGCGGGUGCUGGAGGUGGGCGCGGGCGCGGGGCUCCACGCCGCGCAUUUCGCGCGGGCGCUGCCGCAGACGCGCUGGCAGCCCUCGGACAUCGACCCGCGGGCGCUGCGCAGCAUUGCUGCCUACGUGGAGGCCACAGGGCUGCCCAACCUGCUGCCCCCCAUCCUGCUGGACGUGUCACAGGGUUGGGAGACCUGGGGGGGCACCCAGCCCGCCUCCCUCGACCUCCUCGUCAGCAUCAACAUGAUGCACAUCGCAGAGCUGCGGUGCACCGAGCCCCCUGACCUGGUUCCCACCUCUCUCGUUCCCCAGGGCCUGUUCAAGGGUGCCGGGGUGCUGCUGAAGCCCGGAGGUGUGCUCUUCACCUAUGGGCCCUACGCCGUGGACGGCCAGAUCAGCCCCCAGAGCAACGUGGACUUUGACCGCAGCCUGAGGCAGAGCAAUCCCGCCUGGGGGCUGCGGGACACGGCGCUGCUGCGGGAGCUGGCCGAGGCCAACGGGCUGUGCCUGGAGAGGAUGGUGGACAUGCCGGCCAACAACAAGAGCCUGAUCUUCCGCAAGCUGUAACCUGCCCUGACAGCGCUUCCAGCACCUCCCGGCGCCGCUGUCCCCAUUGAUGCCUCCUGCGGCGCUGUCACUGUCCCACCAUGGCUGCACUGGGGCUGGGGACAGCACUGAGGGGACAGUGCCCCACUCACCCCAGCUGGGGCUGACUUGGCUGGGGGGGUCGCUUCUCCCCUGGUGCCUUUGGGGCUCCCUUUGCAGUGGGGUGCCCCAGCCUGGACCACAGGAGCCAGCGCAGCUGCCACGGGGGGCUCAGACAUGGGGGGCACCGGUGUGGGGGAGAGGACACAACACCCCUGGGCACGGGGGAGACUCCUUGCCCCAUUUGCUCGGAGGGUGCUGUGCUGAUGGCACGGGGCCUGUCUCCCUUCCCCCCUCCCCAGGAUUGUGCUGCUGCCCACCCAAUAAACUGUGGCUUUGGCUUCCA